AUGACAACCUCAACACCCAUUCGCAUCGGCUAUGUCACAAGGAUCGAGCGCUUCUCAGCCGCACACCGACUCAACUCGGUCCACCUCAGCGCAUCAGAGAACAUUGCCCUUUACGGCAAAUGCAACCACACCUCUGGUCAUGGACACAACUACAAAGUAUCCGGCAUGGUGAUCAACAUCACAGACUUGAAGAAGACUCUACAGACCGCCGUCAUGGACCCAUGCGACCACCGCAACCUUAACUUGGCAGUGUUUUUGUGGGAGAGCAUCAAGGAACAUCUGCCUCCAUCAGUUUCUUACGAACUUCAUGAACUCAAGGUCUAUGAGACUGACAAGAACAUCGUUGUCUACCGAGGAGAGUAA